UUAUGAAGCAUCAUCGAAUAAUCAGUCCAACAAAACAAAGCAAACCAUAUUAUUAUUCUUAAAACACAUCAACCUACGCCAACAUCAUCAUCAUCAUCAAUUCAUCAAACCAUGUUUGCUAAGAGAUUGUUACACAAAGCUGUGCAACACCAUUACAACCACAAGUUUCAGCAGCAAGGUAGUUUACAAUCAACUGAAUUGGAUCCAAGAAUUGUGAUUCACUAUGGCAUUCCAUCUUCUUCUUCAGUUCUCGCUUUUGAUCCCAUUCAGCGACUUUUGGCUAUUGGGACUUUGGAUGGAAGACUUAAGGUGAUUGGUGGUGAUAACAUCGAAGGACUUUUGAUUUCUUCGAAACAACUUCCUUACAAAUACUUGGAGUUCCUACAAAACCAGGGAUAUUUAGUUGGAGUCUUAAAUGAUAAUGAUAUCCAGGUUUGGAAUCUUGAAAGUCGUAGCCUUAUUUGUUCUUUACAAUGGGAAUCCAAUAUUACCGCUUUCUCUGUCAUCAGUGGCUCACAUUUCAUUUAUGUCGGAGAUGAGCAUAGCCUGUUUUCUGUGAUAAAGUUUGAUGCCGAGGAAAGACAACUUUUGAAGUCAUCAAAUCAUUUGUCAGCUAAAUUUCUAAGGGAAACCGCCGGGUUUCCGGAGUCUAGCGACCAACCGAUUGUUGGAAUUCUUUCACAACCUUAUUCUUCUGGGAACAGAUUGUUGAUUGCAUUUCAGGAUGGACUGCUAAUUCUUUGGGAUGUUUCUGAAGCUAAAAUUGUGUUCCUUGGUGGUGGAAAGGACCUCCAAUUGAAAGAUGAUGAUGGGAACUCUACUGAAACCGACACCAAUCUUCCGGCUGAUAUUUUAGAACAAAACCUGGGAGAUAAAGAAAUAAGUGCUCUUUGUUGGGCAUCUUCUGAUGGCUCCAUUCUCGCUGUUGGAUACUUAGAUGGAGAUAUCCUGUUUUGGAACUUGUCGUCUGCAGCACCUUCUAAAGGCCAACAAACCACUUCAUCUAAAAAUGUUGUUAGGCUACAACUGUCCAAUGCAGAAAGAAGAAUCCCGGUCAUUGUCUUACAAUGGUCCAGUAGUCACAGAUCUCAUAAUGAUUAUAUUGGUCAGUUGUUUGUGUAUGGUGGCGACGAAAUUGGAUCGGAUGAAGUUUUGACUGUUUUAACUCUUGAAUGGUCAUCUGGGAUGGAAUCAUUAAAAUGCAUUGGUCGUGCAGACCUUACGCUUAAUGGCACUUUUGCAGACUUGAUUUUACUGCCAAGUAUAGGAGCAAGGGGUUUAAAUAGCAAAGAUGAUCUUUUUGUACUGACAAACCCUGGACAAAUACACUAUUAUGAUAAUGAUAGCUUGUCUGCAUUAAUGUCUGAGCAGAAUAGGACAUCCUCUGUAUCUGCGCAGGAGUUUCCAGUGCUAAUACCUAUGAAUAAUCCAUCUUUAACUGUAGCAAAACUUAUCAAGUUGCCAAGUCAAUUAAAUUCAUCAAAAACUCUAGCCGAGGUAGCCGCAGUUCUGAAAACUAGCUCAACACCUGGUUCAGCUUCUUGUUCAAAUUGGCCCUUAACUGGGGGUGUUCCCAGCCACUUGUCCAUGGUUAAAGGUGCUGGAAUUGAAAGAGUUUAUUUUGUGGGCUAUUCUAAUGGAUCUGUCCUUUUGUGUGAUGCCACACAUCCAAUCUUGUCUUAUAUUUGCUACAUAGAAGGAGAGGUUAACGGUGUAAAAGUGGCAGGUUUGAAUGCUCCAGUGACAAAAUUGGACUUUUUUUCUGCUUCCUUGCUUCUGGCUGUGGGCAAUGAAUGUGGUCUUGUUCGCGUGUAUGAUCUUAAAGACUGCUCUGAUAGGAAAAAGUUCCAGUUUGUCACAGAAACAAAAAAUGAAGUCCAUGACGCUCCACAAGGAAAAGGACCUCAUUUUAGUGCUGUUUUUUCUCUUCUCGAUUCUCCAGUACAAGCAUUGUCUUUUGCAAACUCUGGAACCAAACUUGCCAUUGGAUUUUUAAGUGGCCGUGUUGGAGUCUGCGAUAUGAAAUCGUUGUCGGUUUUGUUCUUGAUUGAUGGUGUACCUAGCUCAAGCUCACCAAUUACUUCAUUGGUUUGGAAACAACAAGCAUGUUUUCAAAGUGCUGUAAAUAGUCCAAGGAAACCAGAAACACCUUCAGGAAACUCUCACGAAGAGAUACUAUUUAUCUUAUCGAGCGAUGGAAAAAUUAGUGUAGUUGAGGGUGAUACUGGUAAAACGGUCUCCAAUCGGCCAUUACAUUUAAAGGAAUCAACUGCAAUUUCAAUGUAUAUUAUAGAUGAUAGCAUCACAACCUCAGAAGUAUCAAAUGACAAGCAGCACGAGGAACCCUUGAAGACUACCGCUGAAGUUCGCCCUGAAGAGCCUGUGCAAGAAAGUAGCUCGACUGCGGUAAAUUCAUCAGAGGCUGAACAUUUCUCUUCAGAAACCGCACACUCUGGGGAUAUCCAUUUGGAUCCACUUGUCCUGCUUUGCUGUGAAAAUUCAUUGCACUUGUUGUCCGCAAAAGCAUUGAUACAGGGAAAUAAGAAACCGAUACGAAAAGUGGAACAUUCAAAAUCUUGCUAUUGGACUACAAUUUUGAAGAAAGAUGAGAAAUUUUGUGGGAUUCUAUCAUUGCUUCAGACUGGAACAUUUGAAAUAAGAUCUUUACCAGAUUUGGAACUGGUGGCGGAAAGCUCUUUAUUGUCGAUUUUACGGUGGAAUUAUAAAGUGAACAUGGAUAAAACCAUGUGUUCCGAUGAUUAUGGACAGAUUGUGCUGGCUAAUGGUUCUGAAUUGGCAUUCAUUUCAUUAUUAGCUGGAGAAAAUGAAUUCAGGAGUCUCGAACGUUUGCCUUGUCUUCACGAUAACGUUCUUGCAGCCGCUGCUGAUGCUGCAUUUUCAUUCUCUUCAAAUCAGAAGAAAAAGCAGACAACUGUGCCAGCGAUUCUAGGCGGUAUUGUCAAAGGGUUGACAGGGGGAAAAACCUCUCAUGCAGAACUGACAAAAAUUCAAACCUCCAAUUUCAGUCAUUUGGAACAUAUUUUUUUCAAGCCCUCUUUGUCAGAUUCGCUUCCAACAGUGGUAGUAGUGUCCAAUGAAAAGGAAGUGGAGCUUGAUAUAGAUGACAUUCAAAUAGAUGAGCCUCAAACUACAGCUUCUACUUCAUCUCCUGAUGUUAAAAAUAAACAGAAAGAUAAGUUACAAAGUGAUAAGGAGAAAUUAUUUCAAGGCGGAACUAAUGAUGAUGUAAAGCCAAGGGUCAGAACACCUGAAGAAAUUAUGGCUGCUUACAGAAAAACCGGGGAUGCUGCUUCCGUUGCCUCUCAAACAAGAAACAAGCUUAUGGAGAGGCAGGAAAAAUUGGAGAGAAUAAGCCAACGCACGGCAGACCUACAAAAUGGAGCUGAAAAUUUUGCAUCAUUAGCAAAUGAGCUUGUCAAGACCAUGGAAAGGAGGAAAUGGUGGCAAAUAUAGACAUACAAAAUAGUGAAAAAAAAUAUACUUAUAAAUUGUGUGUAUUUAUUGUCUUGUAUAUUAUGUUAUAUAUUUGUGACCUGUUGCUGUUAUCUAUGUUUCCCCGAAUUAUCAAGAUUUCCUCCCUUUUUGUAGCAU